AGCGUGCCGAAUCCGCCCGCGCGAGCUCAGGAAGGUUUUGGAAGCAUGCAAGCGCUGCGAUCCGUGGUGCGCCCGCGCCGUCAGGUCGCGCGCGCCUUCUCGUCGUCGGCGCCGCCGACCUUUGAUAUCCAGUCCUUUGGCAGCUCGUUCGAGCGCGCGUACGACGACCGCGACCGCUUCUACCGCUGGGACGAAGACGAGCUCUUCAAGCCCGACAUGUCGUUUGUGAAGAAAGCCAUGUCGUUUGCGCUGCUGCACCACGCGUUUCCGUCUUCGGGUUUGGAUCUACCCGACUUCAUCGACGGCGCCCAGGUCGCGCUGGACCUCGUGCUCCAUACGAUCUACACGCCAGAAUUCCAAGCCUACGUGCGCGAUACCUCGGUCACGUCGCCGCCCGUGGAGCUGCUUCGGAGCGUCAUGUCGCCCGAGUGCUUUGAAGCGCUUGUCACGGACUACAAGCGAUCACCGGUGCGGCCCAACACGACAGUCGCGCUGCAGCAGGUGGACGUGCACAGCGGGCAGUUUAGCCGGCUGCUCCUCGACGGCCAGCAGAUGAAGCUCAUGCUUUCGGUUCUAUACCACACGACCGAGCACUUGGCGACGACCGAGGCUGGCGCCGCGACGACGACCGAGGCCCGGGACUCGUACUGCCAAUGGACCUUUGCGACGAGCAUUGCCGACCCGGACAAGAUCGAGUGGGAGCUCAUCGAUAUGUUCGACGACGACGUCUAGCAACGCGUCGCAACCAGAGUGCGAUCAACUAAUAAAGACGCUUUGGAUAGAAGCAAGAUAUUACUAGGAUCAAGGCAACUUGGAUUAACUUUAUACUACCGGUACUACGUGGGUAUUUUGUCGAUAAAUUAGG